AUGGCAGCGCCCCUGGAGCCCCAGGGCCAGGCCCCUGGGGAAGGAGAGGGGCUUCUCAUCGUCAAAGUGGAAGAUUCCUCUUGGGAGCAGGACUGUGUCCAGGAGGAGGACGGCAGGGACACCGAGACGUGCCGCCAGCGCUUCCGGCAGUUCUGCUACCGGGACGCGCGCGGGCCCCACGAGGCUUUCAGUCAGCUCUGGGAGCUGUGCUGCCGCUGGCUGCGGCCCGAGCUGCGGACCAAGGAGCAGAUGCUCGAGCUGCUGGUGCUGGAGCAGUUCCUGAGCGCGCUGCCCAGCGGCCUCCGGGGCCGGGUGCGCGAGCGGCGCCCAGGGAGUGGCGAGGAGGCCGUGGCCUUGGUGGAAGACCUGCAGGAGCAGCCGGGGGAGGCCGAGCAGCAGGAUGUGGCCUCAGAGAAAGUGGAACGUGAGCCCGCGGUCCAGGGGGUCCAGGCCGAGGGGCUGCCCCCAAAGAUGGGGGUGCGGAGCCGGCUGCCCCAGGAGCAGCCCAGCCACAGUGCCCAGCUCACUGUCGAGCCUCCUGCCCUUCUUAAGGAGGGGAGAGAAAGUCCUGGAGAGACUGCAGACGGCCUCCUUGCCCCCAGAGUCCACGGACUGGUGACAUUUGGGGACAUUCCCUUCUACUUUUCCCAGGAAGAAUGGGGGUCCCUGGACCCUGCUCAGAGGGAUCUUUUCUGGGACAUAAAGCGGGAGAACUCACGGAAUGUCACUCUGGGUGUGGGGCUCAAAUGCCAGAGCGGGAGCUCCCGGCUGGAGGAGGCCGUGACCCAGUCGCCCGCCCAGGCUGGCGGCCCCGCAGCUGUGUCUUGGAGCCCCGAGGAGGCCGAGGCCUGGGAGAGUGAGAACCGGCCCGGGGAGCCACUCGGCAGGGUGGGCAGCGCGCGGCGGGGUCGGCCGCCCACGCGCCGGCGGCAGUUCCGGGACCUGGCGGCUGAGAAGCCGCACGGCUGCGGGCAGUGCGGCAAGCGCUUCCGCUGGGGCUCGGACCUGGCGCGGCACCAGCGCACGCACACGGGCGAGAAGCCGCACAAGUGCCAGGAGUGCGAGCGCAGCUUCCGCAGCUCCUCCGACCUGGCGCGGCACCAGGGCGUGCACACGGGCCAGAAGCCCUUCUCCUGCCCCGAGUGCGGCAAGUGCUUCAGCCGCAGCGCUUACCUGGCGGACCACCAGCGCAUCCACACGGGCGAGAAGCCCUUCGGCUGCGGCGACUGCGGCAAGAGCUUCUCGCUGCGCUCCUACCUGCUGGACCACCGGCGCGUGCACACCGGCGAGCGGCCCUUCGGCUGUGGCGAGUGCGACAAGAGCUUCAAGCAGCGCGCCCACCUCAUUGCCCACCAGAGCCUGCAUGCCAAGAUGGCCCAGACAGUGGGGUGA